AGUGAGGGCGGAAGCGGCUCGGUGCGCGUUUGCCUUAGCGCCGGAAGUUGUUGCGAGUUUCCUCUUCCGCUGUAUUCCUCUCCCCAUCAGGCAACAUGGCCUCGUUCGAGCAGAUGAGAGCAAAUGUAGGCAAAUUAUUGAGAGGGAUUGACAGGUACAAUCCAGAAAACCUGGCCACUCUAGAGCGCUACGUGGAGACCCAGGCCAAAGAGAACGCCUACGACCUGGAAGCAAACCUGGCCGUGUUAAAACUCUACCAGUUCAAUCCCGCCUUCUUCCAGACCACCGUCACCGCGCAGGUCCUCCUCAAAGCCCUCACCAACCUGCCCCACACAGACUUCACCCUCUGCAAGUGUAUGAUUGAUCAGAGUCACCAAGAAGAGCGGCCAAUCCGGCAGAUCCUGUAUCUGGGGGACCUCUUGGAGACGUGCCACUUCCAGUCUUUUUGGCAAGCCUUGGAUGAGAAUCUGGAUCUCCUGGACGGAAUCACAGGGUUUGAAGAUUCUGUCAGAAAAUUUAUUUGCCACGUGGUGGGCAUCACGUAUCAGCAUAUUGACCGCUGGCUGCUGGCCGAGAUGCUCGGGGAUUUGUCAGAGCCCCAGCUCCGAGUGUGGAUGAGUAAAUACGGCUGGUCGGAAGGAGAGAACGGAAAGAUCUUCAUCUGCAACCAGGAGGAAAACAUCAAGCCCAAGAACAUCGUGGAGAAGAUAGACUUUGACAGUGUUUCCGGAAUAAUGGCGACCUCUCAAUGAAGAUAGAAUUUUAUAUAUUAGCUCGGUGUUAAUAAACUCCACAAACUGCU